AUGCUCAUCGGAUCAACUUCGAUAGCACGGCUUCUAAGCCGAAGCUGCAAUUCCAUCUCCAAUGCCUCUACCUCUCGAAUCUUAGGUUCAACUGCAGCUGUAUACCCUACUCUAUCCAGCAGUAAUAGAAACUAUGCCACGGCCGUCGAAUCCUCACCGACCUCAUCAAUCCCAAUCUCCAGCUUCGAAAGUCCCUUCGCAAAGCCACCGGAUCGAAGCGAAGAAACAAUUCGUAUGCGAACAUAUAAACCACGAACACCAGGUGUGCGACAUCUCCGAAGACCCAUAAACGAUCAUCUGUGGAAAGGGAAACCAUACCUCGCACUUACCAUCCCCCGAAAAGGACACGGAUUGGGAGGACGUAACAAUUCCGGACGGAUAACCGUUCGUCAUCGUGGUGGUGGUCAUAAACGAAGGAUUCGAACAGUUGAUUUUAGUAGAUUCGCCGGAGGACCUCAUACUGUUGACAGAAUCGAGUACGAUCCCGGUAGAAGCGCACAUAUCGCAUUGAUCACAAGUAAGGAUUCUGGGAAGAAAAGUUACAUUCUAGCGGCGGAUGGAUUACGUGCUGGAGAUAAAGUACAAAGUUACAGAGGUGGUGUUCCGGCAGAUCUCCUAGCAAGUAUGGGAGGUGUUAUCGAUCCCGGUAUGCUUGCCGCGAAGACUGCAUGGAGAGGGAAUUGUCUUCCAUUGAGAUAUAUUCCCAUUGGAGCUGUCAUCCACGCUGUUGCAACUAUCCCUAACGGACCAGCGAAGUUCUGUAGAGCGGCUGGAACAUACGCAACCGUAGUUGCUAAGGAUGAAGGACGUGGGUUUGCAAUUGUUAGAUUGCAGAGCGGUGAAGUCAGACGGUUCAUGAUUGAUGCUGCUGCUACAGUGGGCGUCGUAAGCAAUCCGACAUGGAGACAUAGACAGCUUGGAAAAGCUGGGCGGUCAAGAUGGUUAGGAAUCAGGCCAACCGUCAGAGGUGUCGCUAUGAACGCAUGUGAUCAUCCCCACGGUGGUGGUAGAGGAAAGUCCAAGGGUAACCGUCACCCGGUGAGCCCUUGGGGUAUACCGACGAAAUCAGGAUACAAAACAAGAAAGGUGGGGAAGAAGAAUCCGUGGGUUGUGACCGAAAGGCCGCGUGGGAAGGAGAAGAAGGAGAAAAAGGUGUAA